AUGGCACCGGCAGCAAACACAGCCCGACCCCGAAGGGUUGCAGUGGACUCCGACUCUGAUGCUGAAUACCAGGCCUACAACGGCCGACUGAAAGAAGCCGGCGCAGCCCGCGCCCGCCUGCGAAAGGCCCAACAAGCCCGCGACAAGAGCCGCGCAGCCCUCGCCGCAGCCUACGAGGCCGCCCUCAAACAAGUCGAGUCCCGCAUCCAAAAAGCCGUCGCCAAGCACAGAGACCUCCGAUGCGCGCGCCAAACCGCCCUCCUCAAGAAGCUGCAGCUCGCCCUCGCCCGGCGCGACGCCAGCGCGGAGGCGAUCGCGCGCGCGCUGGCCGAGCACCGCCGGCGCAUGCUGAACCUCGGCGUGCAGCUGCAGGCGCUGUACAAGGGCCGCAAGGAGGACGUGGCGCGGCUGAUGGGCGUGGGGAUGGGGUGCGCCGACGAGCGGGGAGAGGAGCGGGAGGGCGAGAAGGGGGCGGUUCGCGCUGUGCUUGGGAGGGGUUCGGGCGCUGCUGCUGCGGCGGCGGCUGCGGCUGCGGCUGCUGCGGCUGUGAGGGUGGGUGAUGUUGGAAGUGGUGGUGGUGAUGGAAAGGGGAAGGGGAAGGGGGAGUAG